AUGGUGUCUCUGCCUUACCCAGAUCUUCAAAAAAUCAGGAGUCGUUUACUUCAGAUCCACGACGCGAUAUCAAACUUCAAGCCGCUUACACCGAGACCGCCUAUCCUUGAUUCUUCAUUAGAUGCUUCGAACGAUGUGACAGAGGAAAACCAAUGGUUACACCAGGAGAACGUUCCGGGCUUGAAGAAGCUCAAAGAAAACAUCAAGAUCGACCUUGGCAUUUUGGACAAGUUCCUCAACAGCGCCAACUGUGCGAACCUCCCUUCACUUUCGACCAAUGCACCAUACAUUAUUGCCGUAUGGAAUGAAGUGUUGUGUGCCCCUGCGCCCAUCGCCUCUGUUUUCAAGACCUUCCAAUUAAAACCAUCAAGUACCCCUUCGGACAAAUCCCUCAAGCGCACCGCACAUCAACAGCGCCCUCCAGGUGCCAAGGUAGAUGUGGUGGGGGACAACGGUCGCCUAUGGAUCAGAGUGAAUACAAUCAAGAAUCCGCGUUUGCUUUCUGAGUUCCGCGAAAUCGAUUCAUACCUAACCGAUUCUGGAGAAGGCUCGGCAGACGACUGGGACCACGAUGAGCGCCCAUCGCUCGCGCAAACCGAGUUCGACAAUUCAGUAUUGCGAAUGGGAAGAUCGUUGAUUGAAGCUGCGAAGGCGAAUCUAGUCGAAGGAACUACCGAGAUUCCGCGGAUUACCUUGCGUUUGACGCGUCUAGAUCCUCAGCGACCCAACGACGAUGGUACCCCUCCAGAUCCCCGGAUUGCUCAGACAAUCAAAGAGCUAAGGAGUAUGGGAAUCGAGGUUCAACUUGGCGAACGGACCCUAGACGAAUUGCCUGUUAUCGAUCGUGUCGAAGAGCAACCUCCAUCUUCUCCUUUGACUUUCGUCCCAACCACAAACAUAAACCGCGACCUAUCAAUUCUCAUUGCCCUCAUAUCAGAUCUGACCCAUGCACCCCUUCCUGCAUCGCUGGAGGAGGCAAAUAAACGGUUCAUUCCAUCUCAAGAAUACCGCGAGUGGAAGCAAAAGAAACAAAUGCUCAACGGAAAGUCGAAAAGGUCGCCCACUGGCAGGACGCCUGAAGCAUCGAGCUCAGAGUAUCCAGCGAUAGAAUCAGAUAUCAACGACUUGCCCCGCGAUUUUAUCAAGCAUGCGAGAGCCUUGACGAACCAACUUCUGCAAGAAAUGAGCAACGGCUUGAUACAGGAGAUUCAUAGUCAAACGAUGUCUCAAGAGUUGAUCUUCUGGACCACAGCAGAAGCUCGCGACCGAUGCUUGCGGAUCGUUUCAAAAAUCGGGGGAAUCCACGAGAAAAGGAGGGCACGAGCAUUGUUCUGCCUGCGAGCAAAGGAUUCGUCCGAGAUCUCUCUAGAAGACGCACAGAAGCUCUACUGGCAAGACUCACGCUUCCCCCUCAAUUUCAUCCCUCUUCUGCCUAUUCACAUCUUCCCCGGCACAGAUGUCGCCAUGGGCCUUCGCAGCCAUCUUGACCGACCCAAGUCCGAGUUCGGAAUGGAGCUGAGCGGAGUAUGCACGGAUAUCCUCUCGCAAGAAAUGAUACCCCAUCCCCGAGCGCUGCCCGAGGAUCUGGUCAUCGCUGACUCCUCAAUCCCUUCGGAUCUCUCCCCACUGCAAACAGAAAUCCAGCGGGCCAGUGUCACGAAAGCCAGUCCGCGCCUGACGGCUCAUACGGUGGAUAGCAUGCGCUGGGGUGCAGAUCUCGGCUGGACGACGCUAACUGCGAAUCGCUCCAGUGUAAAGGCAAUUUUGAGGGAGCUAAGGACGGCCAGAGUAGCAGGUAGGUUUGCGGGCAUGGGCAAGCCAGAAGAGGAGGAUACGGUAAAUUUAGCUGCGAUAUGGAUCGUCGACCCUAGGAGUUUGGCAGAAGGACAGCAAUCCUCGCUUCGUUGA